AUAUUGCGAAAAUAUUGUAAGUUGUGGUUCAUAAGGACUACAACAGGACUACAACAGGGCUACAAAUUUGCCAAUGUUGAUGAGGAAAAAAAAAUGUUGCUUGUAAAAAAAAUCCGAUGCCAAGCCAGACCAGAGUGUAAAACAUACCCAAUUUCAGACCAAAAUGGUCAAAAUCUAAGCCCUUUUUAAGUCCAAAACCGCGCAAAAACCAACUGCAACAAAGUACCCCCGGUUCCCCCGGGGUAGAAUGUACAAGUUCACGUUUCGCGCAAUAGCGCGGUCGCCUGGGGUCAAGGGUAACCUUCCUCGGACCAUUAUGGCGGCGGAUUGUGAUGAACUUUGCGGAGACAUCCGAAGGCCUUUGGACCUUAAGAAAUGCAGUAGAGGCUGGGAAACUCAGAGAGAAUGCUCCUACUGGAUCCCAGAGGCAGAUAUAGUCGGCGAAGUACCGAAAGACCUUCGUGGGACACUGUUUCGAAAUGGCCCAGGGAUUCGUGAAGUUUACGGUACACGACUAAAACAUCCAAUUGAUGGGGAUGGAAUGCUUUGUGCUGUAACAUUCCAAGAUGGACAUGUACACUUCCAGUCCAAGUUUGUUAAUAGUGAACAUCGGCAAGAAGAAGCUGCCAAGCAAAAGUUCUUGUACCAUGGCCAAAUGGGGACAAAACCUUCCUAUUCAAUGAUGAAAUCUCUUGGAACUCUUCUCACCACUUGGAAAGUUCCACCAAUAAAGUUUCGUAAUCCCUCCAAUACUAACUCAUUCUACUGGGGUGGAAAGGUAUUGACAUGUUAUGAGACAGGAGUACCGUAUUGUUUGGAUCCAUACACACUAGAGACACUUGGUCCAGAGUAUCUGAAUGGUCACUUAAACCUGGGAUGCUUUGCUGCACAUUUCAGGAUUGAUUCUGAAAGAAAGCGACUCGUGUGUAUAAGUAUGCGCCCAGGAUUUGCACAGAGAUCUCCCAGCCUAACAGUAUAUGAAUUUGACCCAUCAUGGAAUUUGUGUCAAAAGCAAAUCCAUCAUAUUGAAGGUUUGAAUUAUGCGCACGACUUUGUCCUGUUACCUGACUACUAUGUGUUCCACAUGACGCCAUUUGUCAAGGGAUCCUGGUGGAUAACCACAAAGAUCUUGUUAGGGUGGAGUUCACCAGGAGAUGAGAUGAGGUAUUACCCAGAGCUGCCUUCACGCUUUGUUAUCAUACCGCGCCAUACAAGUGGUGAUAGUGCAGGGGUGAUGUUUGUGGACACAGAUCCCUGUCAUAUCUUCCAUUUUGGCACAGCCCAGCAGGUUGGCAACAAGAUCGAAUUCUCCGCUGUGUGUCUGGACACCAAUUUUGACAUGACUUUCGACAGUGAGAUCUGGCUGAGUAACACCUCCGUGUCACCAGGCCUCGCUUACAGUUUCACCAUCGACUUGACCUCAAAGCGUUGUUCUCGAACACAAAUCGAUCGCGCCAGCGUGGAGUUCCCGUCCACGCACCCUUACAGACACGGAAUACGUGGGACGCGUUAUAACUACUUCAUGGCAUGCGAUAGACCUGGGUUUAACCUUCCUUACCGGGACGUGGUUAAGUUAGACGCUGAAAACGGUCAUCGUCAAGUCUGGUACUCUCACGGCUGCCUUGGCGAACCUGUCUUCGUGCCCCGACAGGGUUACGAGUCCUGGCGAGAAGGCGACGAAGAUGAUGGAUACGUCAUCGUUCAGGUGUAUAUCCCGGAGAGGCACGUGACCGAGUUCUGUGUGUUGGACGCUAAGGAUGUCGGGAAGGGACCUUUAGCGAGGAUCAAACUGAAGCACCACGUGCCUUAUGGUUUCCAUGGCACCUUUACUCCUGAGGUCUUCACUCAUAGGCCUAGGCUGGUUUCAAAGUUGUAAUAAAGGAGCUUGAAGUUCUGGAAGAGCCGUCGUUUUCGACAGCAUAAAAAAACUAAGGGCCACAUAAGUUAAAAUAUUUAAUUCGCUUGAGCUUUUUGACGAAAUUUCUUUGCCAUUUCUGUUUGCAUAUGAUGGAUGUAACUUUAUUUGAGUCUAUGAAUGAUUUGACCAUUUUGGCUGAAGAAGGUUGGGCACGUAAUAGAACGUUUUCGUAUGACGUCUUGGCAGCCAUGUUGGUGUGUGAAGAUCUCCUACUGUUUGGGAGCACCAAUGUUGUCAAAGAGAAAACUAUUCUUGCGAAAACUGACCAGAGAAAGUAACAUGAUUUCAGUUGUUUUAAGUGUUACAAGUUUGAGAAAAUUUAGAAGUGGGGUGGGGUGGUGGAUAGAGGGCCAAAUAAAAAGUACCCUACAAUUGGGUGAAGGGCUUCGGAGGGAAUUAAACAGUGUUUUUUCCUGAGUUAUGCACCACAAUUUUUGCUUUCUGUUCACGGAUCGCUUAUAGUUUGUAUGAGGUUAUUUAAAUUCGAUUGUGACUACAGUUGACAAAAUUAAAAAUAACUUGCCUUUUGAA